AUGAACCAAGGAAUCUGCUCUUUUAGCGGAUACGUCGUCCCAAAGGGAAGUGGUGUAAGUAAAGUGGGAAAUGAUGGAAAGAUUACCUUUACACGAUCAAGAAAGGAGCGCACCCUUGUUGAUCUGAAAAUUUCUGCUCGUGACUGCAAAUGGACACAGUCUUCAAGAGCCUUCUUCAAGAAGACUAAUAAGUCAGUUAAAGAACAAAAUGACUUCGUCCACAUUACCAAAAUUGUUAGAGGAUUCACUCUUGUUCCAAAGCUCCUUGUUGCGCAGACGCCAAAGACUGAAAAUAAGACCAAGCCUGUUGAAUAUACCAAAAAGACUCAGAAAGUCAAUUUGAAUUCCAACUUGAGAAAAUAA